UGUCUCUGCAGACCGUUCAGUGGAACCCUGCGACACACAGCUCACCAGUUUUUGGGUACUGCUGAAAAAGAGGACAACAUGGCACUGACAAACCCCAUGCCCAUGGGCCCUUGGAAGAUCACUGUGUACGACCAGGAGUACUUCCAGGGAAGGCGUAUGGAGUUCACCGCCUGCUGCCAGAACAUCAUGGAGUGCGGCAUGGAGAACAUCCGCUCCCUGAAGGUUGAGUGUGGCGCCUGGGUGGGCUACGAGCACUCCAGCUUCUGCGGCCAGCAGUUCGUCCUUGAGAAGGGAGACUAUCCUCGCUUCGAGGCCUACAGCGGCAGCAACUCCUACCGCAUUGAGAGAAUGAUCUCCUUCAGGCCCAUCUGCUGCGCUAACCACAAGGAGUCCCGCAUGACCAUCUUCGAGAUGGAGAACAUGAUGGGUCGUCAGUUCGAGCUGUGUGACGACUACCCCUCUCUGCAGGGCAUGGGAUGGAUGAACAACGAAGUUGGAUCCAUGCACGUUCAGUGUGGAGCCUUCGUGUGCUACCAGUACCCAGGCUACCGUGGCCACCAGUACAUCAUGGAGUGCGACUGUCGCGGAGGAGAGUACAAGUGUUACCGUGAGUUUGGCUCCCACUCCCAGACUCCCCAGAUUCAGUCCAUCAGGAGGAUCCAGCACUGAGAAGGGAGCGCAUCCUUCACACCUCCUCACCACCUCCUCCUCUUCUCCCUCCUCCUGCACUUCCAUCCCUCCUUCUCCUCCCUUCUCUCCCGCGACCUCCAUCUCCCCAGCUCUGCUGGCCCCCGAAGUGGGAUCCAGGACUGGACUUCAGGUGCUUACCGGUGUCAGUUGUUCAUGACACUUUUGUUUUUUAAAGGAAACAUCACAAGCAGAAAGGACAGAUGUAAGAAAGACGGAAAAUAGGAAUGACAGAAUUGAGAGAAAAAUUUGAAUCAGUAUGAAAGAGAGGCCUCGUCUGCUGAGGUUGGCAGCAGAACGAUGAAAACACCGCAAAGAUUUUGCUCUUUUUCACCUCCACCGCUGAUGGUAUCAUCAUCAUCACCAUCAUCAUCAUCAUCAUCGUCAUUGUCUUCUACAUCAACACAACAACCAGUCUUGCUGUUACUGUGAUAUCCAUGACUGCCCAUGUUCAAGACGAUGAAUAAAGAGAAUGAGCAAAGAGACAUUCGUGACAUGUA